AUGCCGUUGACUUCCAGCUUCCCCCGAAAAGCUCCGGCCACCACACAGGAUGCGCAGGCCUCGCAGCUCAUUGGCCUGCGCAGGGACAUCGAUCGCUUCCUUGAUGGUCAAGGCCAAGGCGUUCAAACAGAGCUUCCAGUGGAGCCUCCGGAGCCUCUGGGGACUGUGGAGACUGUGUCCGUUGGUCCUACUGGUGCAACCUUCGGAGUUCCGGAGAUCGCACCCGUCUCGAAAGGCCAAAGCUUCUCCGAGUUCCAGCGGCUUUCGCAGAGCAAUGAGGAGCUGCAGCGAGCCUUAGAAGGCGCCCGGCAGGAAGUGAAGACGAAGUCGAAGGCCAUGUCCAGCCUCAGCAGUACUCAAAAAAAUCAACUCAGCAACGUCAAAAAAGAGUGCUCCGAGCUGCGAGAAGAUGGCAGAGCCAAGAAGCGACGGAUAAGCGAGAUGGAGGACGAGAUCUUGAAGCUCCAGCGCCAACGCGACAAGCUUGCACAUGACCUGCAAGAAGCUCAAGAGCGUUCGCAACGUGAUCUGCAGGCCAUGGAGCUCCAAGCUACAGAUGAGCGUCGAAAGCAAGACUGCACUAUUUUGCAGCUGGAAUCAAAGCUCAAGCAACUCGCCGAAUUGACCAACCCUCUGGCCGAUCAUGAGCCCUUGACUUCCAGAAUUGCAGAGCUAGAGCAAGAGGUACUUGCAUUGCGCAUGCUUCUCAAAGAAUGGUGGCCAGAGAAGGAGCUGGCGGCCCAACUUCAAGGCAAACACCUUGAACUUGACCAGGAGCUUCAGCAGCUGCACAGCACGCGAAGCGACUUGCUUGCAGCACAGGCGCGGAUGAGCGAUCUGGAGCAAAGCCAGGCAUCUCUGAAGGAUGCCCUGGAAGCUCGUGACGCUGCCCUGCAAGAGGCCCAAGGGGCAGAGCUUGCAAAGAAGGACCUGAUCGCAUUGCAGGAUGUGGUGGUGGAGAUCCUCACUACUGCCAAAGAGUGUCGAAGCGACGUCCCCAACAAACCCACAGCCGCGAACCUUGGGCUUGCUUGGUCCUUCCUUCAGUCUCGCUUAGCCAAGGAGAACCAGAACUGCAUGCAAGCACAGCGCCAGCUAGAUGAGGCAGCGAACGUGCAGAAAGACAUGCAGAUUGAGCUUAGCAAGCUUCGGGUGGAAGCAGCGCGUUGUGAGGAGCUAAAAGGGCAGCUCCAGGAUGCCCAGUCAAACAUCCAGCGGCUGAUGGCGGGCAAGAGCGAUGGCAGCGAUGAGAGACCGGCAACAGCCGAGCCUAUGCUUGAGCCAGUGGAGCUUCAGAGGCAAGUGGCCGCAAAGCAGCAGGCCAUCGAUGCCAUUGCCAAAGAGGCUGAGUUGUUGCGCAGCCAGGUCAGUAAGCUGAUGGAUGUGGAAGGCAGAGCUCGAAAGCUUGAGCGUGUGAAUGCAGAGCUCUGGGAAGCCAACCAGGAGCUUGAGAGUCGGGUCGAACGACUGGAGACUCUGGAGAAUGCAAAUGCAGCGAAUGCAGAUGCCGACGCAGAUUUUGACCCUCGAACUACCAAAGUCUUGCACCUUGCGAGAGGUCCGAGCGGUCCAGUCGAAGCUCGUGUCGAUGCUCGCAGCUCUGGUGACGCCGCUGGUGACCUGGAACAGCAGCAAGCAUCAAGACAGCUGGACCGGUUUAAGAAAGCAAUGCGAAAAUACGUGCAAGAGUUCAGAGAGGGCAUCUACCACCUCUUGGGAUGGAAGGUAGAGAUGAAGGGCGACGGAACUUCAAUGCGAUGGCAUCUGACUUCCAGGUACCAUGAAGGUCAGGAGUUGGUUUUCCAGCUCAGACCAGCAAAUGCGGGUCCUGCAGGGCAUCCAGCAGAGUUCGACUUGUUGGGCACUGCCUGGGCGGAGCAACUGCAGGGUGAUCGUCAGGCCAUGGCUUACCUGGAGGUCUACAGCUCUAUCCCCGGCUUCCUGGCGCAUGUGACUGUAGAUCGUCUUGCCCAGCAGACCUUCACCCGCUGA